UUACAUUAAAUAGUUGUUGAAGAGGAAAAACAAAAAACAAUAGAAGAGAAUCGAACAAGAAAGAAGAACAAACGAAAAAGCAUUAUUAUAGGGUUUUCAAAUACACUUGUUUCCGCCAUUUAUGUUUGAACAAAAACACCACCAACCUUAACAACAACUUCCAACGUUUCUCUUUCUUCUUCUUCUUCUUCCGUUUCGAUUCUUCUAACUACACUGUUACAUUUUUUGGUUUGAAAAUCGAAAAUCUCUUUGUUCUUGGAUCUGAAGAUAUGCGAAUUGUUGAUUUCUUUGUCUUUGGUUUCAUCAAAUUCUGUUCGGAAUUUGAUCUUGCUGCACUUUAGAGGGGGUUGUAAUUAUAAUGAUUUGUAGCAGAGUGGGAAUUGGGGUAUGCUUUUGUACUUUUAUGCUAGCAAAUUAUGGACGGUGAACGAAAAAUGGCCGUUCCUCAAGGGGAUGGGCCCAUUGAUAGUGUUGAGAAAGUUAGAGCAGCAUUACAUGGGAGAACUACUGGUCCUACAAGGCGUUCAACAAAAGGGCAAUGGACUCCUGAGGAGGAUGAGACAUUGCGAAAGGCUGUUCAGCGUUUCCAAGGAAAAAAUUGGAAAAAAAUAGCGGAGUGUUUCAAGGAUAGAACUGAUGUGCAAUGCUUACAUAGGUGGCAGAAAGUGUUGAAUCCUGAACUUGUUAAAGGGCCGUGGUCUAAAGAGGAAGAUGACGUGAUGAUUGAAUUGGUGAACAAAUAUGGGCCUAAGAAGUGGUCAACUAUCGCACAACAUUUACCUGGACGUAUUGGAAAGCAAUGUCGAGAAAGGUGGCAUAAUCAUCUUAAUCCUGCUAUAAACAAGGAAGCAUGGACACAGGAAGAGGAGUUGGCUCUAAUACGUGCUCAUCAGAUUUAUGGGAACAAGUGGGCUGAAUUAACAAAGUUUUUGCCUGGAAGGACAGACAAUGCUAUUAAAAACCACUGGAACAGUUCAGUCAAAAAGAAAUUGGAUUCUUACUUGGCUUCAGGCUUGCUUACUCAAUUGCAAUCUGCACCUCAUGUUGGAAAUCCAAGCCAAUCAAUGGUUGCAACAUCUUCAAGGUUGCAAUGUAAUGAAGAUGAGAAUGCUCUUCAGCGGAUUGAAGGAGAUGAAGUUUUAGAGUGUAGUCAUGAGUCAGCUAAUGCUCUCCACUUUCCAUCCACUAGAGAGAUAACCAGUGUUGACUUACAACCUGAAGAGGAGAAUAGACCAAAUGAAGAAUGUAGUCUUGGGAUGGAUCAUAGUCCAAGUCAAGCAUCCUGUUCAGAGCCAUAUCUUGUAUCAAUUGACGACUCAAUUGACGAUGUUACUAUAUGCAUUCCAGAAAUUGCUCAUCAUGAGGCAUGCUCUUCUGAAUUCAAUGACCAAUACUCACAUGAACCUGGAAAUUCCAUUAAAGAGAAUCACCACCUUAACUUACAUUCCUUACCCAAUAUUUCAUCAAUGGACUUAGGGAAUGACUCUCCGCAGAUGCAAAGAGAUUGUACAGAUCCUAGUGGAAUACGUGACUUGGUGAAUGUUCCAUAUCAGACUUCAGUGGGUUUAGCUGCUUCAAUGCACAUGGAAGCUACAUCUAUGGAUUCUGCUAAACCAGAUCAUAUGUUGAUAUCUGAUGAUGAAUGUUGCAGAGUCCUGUUUUCAGAGGCAAAUAAUGAUAGACGUUUUAUCCAUGGAGAUUAUAAUAAUGGUGUUGGUACUGUUGAAUUUUCUGGUCACCCUGCAUUUGUUUGUCAAUCAUGUCAUAUUUCGAUUUUCGUAACUGGUGGAACCUCAACUCUGCCAUUAACUUGUCCUCAGUGUUCUAAUAACUUCAAAGGAAUGUCAUCCUCCCAAUCUAACCAUCCAGUUCAUUCUGCUGAGCCUGAGAAUCAGCAGUUUGGCUCCAGAGCACCUGAUAACUUCAUUUAUGGCAAUGACAUAUCCAGUUCUCAUUGUAUUGAUGCUAUAGAUAGUGCAGUAAUGCAAGAUGUUAAUCAAAACUGUUGUCCAACAGAUGAAAUGCCAAAGCCAAACAUGCACACAGAAAAGGCGGGCAAUGGAGCACUAUGUUAUGAACCUCCCCGUUUUCCAAGCUUGGAUAUUCCUUUCCUGAGCUGUGAUCUUGUACAAUCUGGGGGUGAUAUGCAGCAAGAAUUUAGUCCUCUGGGUAUCCGCCAGUUUAUGAUGUCUUCUAUGAACUGUAUGACUCCGUCAAGGUUGUGGGACUCGCCUUCUCGCGAUGAUAGUCCUGAAGCAUUAUUGAAAAGUGCAGCUAAAACUUUUGCGGGUACACCAUCAAUAUUAAAGAAACGAUGCCGAGAUUUGUUAUCGCCACUUUCAGAUAAAAGAAUAGGUAAGAAACAUGAGACUGACAUGGCAUCCUCUUUGUCGAAAGCUUUUUCUAGUUUGGAACCAGAUAUACUUUCUCCAUCUUCAUUGCAAAAGCAAAACUCUGGGGCUUCUGGUUUUGAUGACGAUAAAGAAAAUUGCGGACAAGCUGAUAAAGGUAAACAAGUAGAGGAGACAAUUAAAUCGGCAAUUUUGGAAGAAAAGAAGUCUCAAAGAGAUGCUCUUGACGGUAAUUCUCCUGGUAAGGUUAAGCAGCGACAUUUUGACGUUGAUUCUAAAAUGAAGAUUGAUGCUGCUGCUACUGAGAUUGUGCUACAAUCUUCUGGAGUUUUGUCUGAACAUGAUAGGAACGACCUUUCAUUAUAUUCAUCUGAUCAAGUUGGUUUUAGAGAUAGAAUUAUAGGUUCUAGUGUUAGAACUCCCAGAAACUUGAACAAUAGGAGCUCGGAAACAGCUCCAAACCAGAGCAUCCCUUCAAAAUUAUCUUAUGAGAAUCCAUGCAGGUUUAGCUCUCCUUGUGUUCGUGCAAAGGAGCAUGAAAAUCUUACAGUUUCUGUUAAUCGUGUAAAAGCUCCAGGGGAUAGUUCAGGGGAUCAAAGUAAAAAUGAUGGAGGUUUUGAAACCUAUAGCAUAUUUGGUGGAACACCUUUCAUGAAAGGUUUUGAAUCACCUUCUGCAUGGAAAUCAUCUCCUUGGUUCAGGAAUACUUUUCUCUGUAGCCCCAAUACUGAAAUUAGAAUUGAGGAUUUUGGAUUUUUCAAGAGCCCAGAAGGUGAAAGAAGCUACGACGCUAUCGGGUUGUUAAAACAAGUCGGUGAACAAACUGCUGCUACAUAUGAAAAUGCACAGGAGCUUUUGAAAAAUGAUACUCCUAAAGCAGUACCUAAAGAUGCAUCCGGAAACGAUAAUAGUCCUAGCGCGAACAAUUCUAAAUUGACUUCAAAUGCUUUGGUUGAGCGACGCGUGCUUGACUUUAGUGAAUGCGGAACACCAGAGAAAGGUGAUAGCAGCAAAUCCUCAGAUAGUCGGCUAUGAAAGUUUCUCAAAUACUUCACAUUUGUUGAAAGAUUGUAGAUAGUCCAGUGUCACAAUCAUGCAUGGCUUCAGUUAUAAUUACAGUCGUCAUUGUCAAGCUUCGUUAGGUGUAUGUUUGUAUUAUUUGUAAGAUCAGUUAUUCGUUUACAGCUCCUACAUUGGUCAGACAUGAUUUGUAGUUGAGAUCAAAUCUCUUGUUAAAAUUCUUCUUGUAAUAAGCAAAUUACAAUUACAAAAUAUGAUUCGGCUUUUUUCCCGAUUCAAAACUUCGAUAUCGACUUA